CUCUGUAGCUCUACCGAACUCCAGUCCCAGUCGGCAGUCCACCCGUGACUAGUGCAAGUCCCGCGCCGCAUGACUACCAGAAUCUCCCAGUGACUUCUCGACCAACUCGUCACUACCCAGCCAGUGCGCGCCGCGAGGACCCUAGUGUUUCAGUGCAUCAACGAGAACAUCAUGCAGAACAAACGGGGGAAGUUAUGUGCCAAACUGACCAGCAGCUUUCUGAGAAAGUGGUGGUUCGUGAUCGUUAUCGCUCUCUUCAUGCUCCUGUUCGGUGUUCUCGUCGCCGUCUUCUUCACAUCCUGGGUGAACGUCAUCAUAGACAGUCAAAUCACGCUGAGGAGAGGUUCGCAGGUUUUCGACCUGUGGCGCAAGCCUCCAGUACAUCCCGUCAUGAGGAUCUACAUCUACAACGUGACCAACGCCGACGAGUUCCUCAGCGGUUCAGAAACCCCUGUGAAGCCCAUUCUACAGGAGUUGGGGCCCUACACUUAUAUACAAACAUGGGAAAAAGUCAACCUGAGCUUCAACGAUGACAAUGACACAGUGACCUUCCAGCAGCAGAAGAUCUUCAGGUUCGACCCUGACCAGUCAGUGGGCGAUGAAGAUGACAUGGUCGUUGUCCCUAACAUCCCUAUGCUUAGCGCUACAUCUCAAAGCAAACAUGCCGCUCGGUUCCUGAGGUUAGCCAUGGCAUCUAUUAUGGACAUUCUGAAGAUCCAACCAUUCGUGGAGGUGUCCGUAGGACAGUUGCUAUGGGGGUACGAAGACCCCUUGCUGAAACUUGCCAAGGAUGUGGUACCCAAGGAGCAGAAACUGCCCUAUGAAGAGUUUGGGCUCAUGUACGGUAAAAAUGGAACUGCAAAGGACAUAGUAACUGUAUUCACGGGAGCCAGUGACAUCACAAAAUACGGACUGGUUGACAGGUUCAACGGGGAAAGUUCUUUGAAGCACUGGACAACCAAAGAGUGUAACCGUGUUAACGGAAGUGACGGCUCCAUCUUCCCACCCCACAUCUCCAAGAAUGACACCAUUUACGUGUAUGAUAAGGACAUCUGCAGGCUACUCCCUCUUAAAUUUUUGGAGGAAAUUAGAACGAAUGGAACCAACAGUGUACUGGGAUACCGAUUCACUCCACCCCUGGAUGUGUUCGCAGACAUCGAACACAACCCAGACAAUCUGUGCUUUUGCCCUUCAGGUCCCCCUUGUGCUCCUCAUGGCUUGUUCAAUGUUUCCCUCUGCCAAUAUGAUUCCCCCAUCAUGUUGUCUUUCCCUCACUUCUACUUGGCUGACCCAAAACUCAGAGAAGCAGUAGAAGGUAUCAGUCCUCCAGAGGCAGAAAAACAUCAACUUUACAUUGAUGUUCAACCAGAUAUGGGAUCUACAUUAAGUGCGAAAGCGAGGAUCCAAAUAAACCUGGCAGUUAGUCAAGUAGUCGACAUCAAACAAGUGGCCACAUUCCCGGACAUUGUCUUCCCCAUCAUGUGGUUUGAAGACGGAAUCGACGGUCUGCCUGACGAUGUGACUGAGCUGAUGAACUUGGCCACUACAGUGCCUCCGAUGGCUCGUUUGGCUCUCCUCUAUGUUUUGUUCAUCGUGGGAGUGUUGCUUCUGUUGCUGGCAGUAUUCUGCCUCAUUCGCAACUCUGGCAGGCAGGAGACCCUCAGUCUGGAGGGCACAGCCCACUACACAGCAAACGAUGAGAAGAACAAGAAGGCCAAGCAAAACGGACAUGCUAACGGAAAAAGUAUGGAAUCAAAAACGAAUGCGGGUUAUGACGAACACACAAAGUAAUAAGUAGACCGGCUAGUUCUGUUACACUUGAAUUUUUUUUACAUUCGUAAUAUGUUAGCCUCUAAACCUAUUGUAUAUAAUGAGUCUAAAUUCAUCCUACAUAAGUGUAAAAAAGUCGUUAUGAUCUUGGUGCUUCUUUAAAGCUCUCGAUGUUUUAGGAUAAUCUGUGAGUACCCGAAGUGUAAUGUACUGAUUGCGUUUUAUCUGAUGAACCGUCUGCAGAAGUAAAUAAUGUUAUGAUGAACAUUUAUUCAUUGAGUUGCCAUUCGAAAAAUGUAGAUCUGAAAAUAUUUUAAUUUAGGUUGUAUUAAAGCAAUUGAUUGAUAUGUUUGAAAAUAUCGACUGACAAAACUUUUUUCGUGAAGACAAAGAAAUCUUUGUUUUUCUUAUAUGUACCUUUUGUUACCAGCUAGUGCCUUGAAUACAUAUUGUAUGGAUGGAGACUUUUAGUACUAUACUGUGCAAUAUUAUGACUAUUUAUCAAUAAGCUCCAAACUGUAGGGCAAGUGUAUAAUGUUGCCAAAUCACAAUAUUUUAUGCUAAACAUUGUUAUGAAAACUUUUCAUCUGAUUUAAUUCUCUUUAUUAUGAGUAUGAUUGUGAUUUAUAUUUUUACAUUUCAAGUACUUAUAAACAAAACCAGAAGAAUUUCCAUGUUUGGGCAUUCUAAUUUGGUUUUUUAGAUAUAAGAUCUUUUACGUAUGUGUUAGCUUCACCAGAUAGAACUACACAUUUAGCUAAGUAAGAUUGCAACAUGACAAAUCCUUUGGCAUUUACUUGUAAAAGUAACAUACUUAAGAAAAAUAUUCUGCAUCCUCUUAAUAUUUUGUAUAGCAGCAAAUACUUUUUUGUCAUUAUCAAAACACAUUUUAUAUUACCUAUUGCCAAAAUAACAUAAAAGUACUGUUACAUCUCUUCCAUGUAAAUAAAAAUGCAAAUGUAUGUCUUUGUCUUACAUACAUUUGGAUGCUUUGUCAUAAUGGGAUUAUAGAAUCCUAUCCAUGUUUUUGGAUACUAUGAGCUAGUUUUUGAAUAAAAUAUGAUUACAAAAACUAGGUCAUAGUACAGUUACAUCAUAACACUGAAACAGUCACAAUUUUGGUGCGGAGAAUUUUCACAAUCAAUCAUUCCCUCAGUAUCGUCUAGAGAGGGUACGAUAUUCCGUCCAUGAACUUAACCUGCACCAAAAAUUCAUUAGUCUUAUACUAUCUGCUCCAAAGUUUGAUUACAACUGGUUUCAGUUGAGGUAGUUUAUGAGUCUCGUGCAGUUGUGGUAAUUUUAUUAUUAUUAAGUGUUUAUUUUAAUUUUAUAUCGUAAUAAGCUUAUAUUAAAUGUUAUAUUUGCAUUGAAUCUUUGUGUUUGCUCAGAAUAUGGCAGCUGUGAAUUUGUGCUGUGUCAAGUAGUUCAGUUCGAGUUGCAGUAAUUUUAAUUCAGAGUUUUGAAAUUUAGAGAUGAACAUUUAUAAAUUUUAAACUAUUGGAAAAAAGCUGUACUAUAUUUAUAGUACAUACAGUUUCAACUGGUUGUCAUUUUUUGAGCAUGCACAGAUGUUUUAAUAGCUUGUUUAUAAGUUUACUAAGUUAAGUUAUAAAUCGUAUUUGUUGUUUUCUGUGCAGCUCAUUUUCUUGUGAAAUUUUAUACUUAGUUAUAAUUUACAAAAACCUGUAACACAAUCUACUGUCCUAUAAACAUCACCAGGUUAUGUUUACAAGUCUGUGAAAACAAAAAUAUUGCAUAAUAACAAGUAGUGUUAUUAUGGCCAUGUGUGUUACCCUCCCCACCCCCACCCACUUCACUAAGUCACUGUUUGAGUCAGUGUUUCUACAGAGUACCCGUCAUGGUAAGAGCAUAACUUUGUCCCAAUAAUAGUACUAAGGAAGUGUGCUUGUACAAAUAUUCUGAAGAAAAUCCUCACAAUAGAAAUUAGUGGAGAGAACUUGAGGGACAGGUGAGUGAAACGGACAACUUAGGAGAUCAGUAGCUGCUGAAUAUCUGGCAGCUUUAAUUCGUUUCACAUGUAUAGCACAAGUACAAAAUGUCAAUAAAUUUCACGUUAUUGCCCAUGUUUUUAAGGAAUUCAAAUAAUUAUUACAAAAUUAAACUGAAUUGUAUGUUUAACUUGCAUAAUACCGAUUACAUUUUUUUAAACCCCAAUUUUUCUUAAAUUUUAAUUUAUCACGAGAAAUAAAUUUUGUUUUUAUGGUGACAGAAGUAAAACCUACAUGUUGCAUUCACUGCAUAUCAAAUAAAUUUUGGAGUUUUUAGCCAAGGAUAAAGAACAUUGAAUCUUUCAGGAUUUUCCCCAAACAAUACCCAUAUUUUACUAGUGGAUCUUAUAUAUUAAUUAAACUUUUAACACUCAGUGCUCUAAAGGACUAGCAUGUGGAUCAUCAGCUGUGUUCUCCUCAACUCAUAUUUAAUUGUAACUGCACCAGGACACCAGCUCGUAUGGAUCACCUGAUGGUUCCCCACUUUCUUCUUGACACACUUGGCAACUGGCAAAUCGUAUUUCACUACCAGUCGGAAUUAAUCGUUAUUAGUUCGGAUUUUAUUUCAAAAUCAUGUAAAUAGUAUCUACGUUUUCGGUGAUAAAAAAAUGUUAUUAUGUAAUCCUUGUUACAUUUAAAUGCAAAUCAUUAAGUUAUACGAACUUAACAUCACUUUCUAACAUUUCUCUGAUUACAUUUGAAGAUAGAUCAGGUUUAUAUGCCAAUGUAAGUCAUAAUUAAUUAGACUAUAUUUAUUAAUUAAUUGAUAUAACGGGACACUGUUUAUCAACUGACCUGUUAUUGAAAUCACUGUCCAAAGUUAUUAUUGAAAAACAACUGGUGUUACAAUUUAUACAAUAGACAUCCAAAUGAUGCUAUAGUUUUUCUAAAGCCAUUCCAACUUUCCAAAUUAACUUAUUGGAAUUACACUUCUCAUAUAAUGGAGUUAACUUAUUGAAAGUAACUUAUCCAUUAUAAUUACUAACUUAUUGUAGGUCUACUACAGCAUUGUUAACAGAGUCACAAUGCAGUGGUUAGUUGUGUAAUGCAGACUGCACUGGCUGAGUGUAGAAUGUCAUGAGCCAGCCUACUACGACUCCUCAGUAGGAGAGGAAUUGCAGGUUCAUACAUUCGGUUCAUACAUUCUGUUCAUACAUUCGGUUCAUGCAUUCGGUGGAGUGCAAAAUGGAUUAUGCCUCGAAGGCCAGGACAGAGCUAGUGAGGAGGUACAAGGGGUCCGGACCACCCCAAAUUUUCAAUUGCUUCAAUUACUUUUUUAGUAAACGAUUAUUAUUAUUUUAACAAUUUAGUCUUACUGACAUGUACUGCUGAAAGAUCGUUCUCAACAUAGAAACGGGUCAAGAACUUUUUUAAAAACAAAAUGGGGCCUUGCUUUCUGUCCACUACGGGAAAAUAUCAGUUGUCCUGACCCUCCACCCCCCCCCCCCCCCAAACGAGUCAGUGAUCGCAUGAUAUAAGUAAAUGCUCAGUCAAUAAUUGUGAUCGUAUCCAUAACGGUGCUUUGCUUAAAUUGGAAUGACCCCCUAAAGUCGGGACUCGGGAUCGUCCUGUCUGACGUAUGCGUGAUGUUACAAAAUAUCCUGAAUGCCAAACGUGUUAUUGGAAAAACCAAACUACGGUGGAAACUCAACAAAAAUGUUUUAUUCUGCAAAAAGUUUGACUCCCUCCUCUCUGUAAAAUAGGAUUUCCGAAUAACCUGGAAAUCUGGAUAAAUGGUCCGGAUAAACUAUGUUGUACUGGAUAUAGAUUUACCAGACAAGUUUGGUUGAGAAAGGAAUAGGGUCUUAGCAGCUCAGUUUACAGUGUCUACAGAAGCUAUAAAUUGUUUCUCUCCCUCUUUUAUGAAUUGUAUCUAACUUUUGAUGCAGGAACAAUAUAAUUGUAAAAAAAAAUAAAUACAUCCAGCACGUUUUGUAUUUUUAGGCUUAAUUCAAUUGUGAAUUAGUGUUGAAUGAAGAUAUUAGAAUAUUUCACCAAAGGUAUACAAAUCUUAGCUGUUUAGCUAUUUUAACUUUUUAAUAAAACGUUAACCAAUAGUUGAAAUUAAAAAUUUAUCACUUAAACAUUCUCUUGUGUUGUUUCUUAUCCAUAAUUUUAUCAUAACUUACAGUAUUAACAACACUACAUUACCUAAGUCCAAUAAAAACAAAUAACAUGAAACUUGAAGAUUUAAUAGAUAAAUCAUUAUUGUAACUUAUAAUUUAGCAAUCAAUAAAAUAAUUGCAUAACUGUAUAUAAUAGCUCUACUACCAGAAUAUUGGAAUAGUACCACAAAUUUAACCUUCAAUUAGGCUAUUAACAAAUUAAAAAUUAUCUACUACCGACAAUUUUAAAGUUUAAUACCGGUAUUUAAAAUUAAAAUAUUUCCUGCUUGUGGCUAAUCUGAGUUGGAGAGUUAAGUACAUGUUUACAUUCAUUAAUUUUACAUUCUGAGCUGCUAAGUUAAAAAAAAUGAACUACAUAAUUUGUUGAUGUUUAUUACAAAAAAAUCUAAUUAUCAGUUCAAGUUCAGUUUCAUUUCUUAAACAUCUUUAUUUAAAAAUUCUUAAAAUCCAAAGCUACAGGUAUGCUAUUAUGUAAGUAUUCUGUGCAUCUGUGUUAGGUGCUCAAUCACUGUAUUAGAUUAGUUCAUAAACAAAUUGCUCAACAUCUAAUUUUGAACAUCGAAAGCCUUUGUUAGUUUUGAUGUAUAUAAUAUAUCUGUCCAUAUAGUGACUGGUUUUCUGCUCAAUACAGGAGAAAAACAUUUCCAUGUAACUGUGUUUUGUACAAUCAUUGCUGAAAAAUAUUUCUAUGUUUAUUUUUUAUAUUUGGCUGGAUAUUAUUGUUGAAUAUUGUAUAUUUCUUUGAUAAAUAUAUUAGUAAUGUUAAA